CUUCUCGCUUCAAUCUCUGUCGCCUGGGAAUUCUCUCGUUAACCAUUUUUUCCAACCUUGCGACAUCGUCGCGAUUCUAGACUUUAUGUGUUCUCGUUCCUACUCUCGUCACCAAUCUAUCUAUUCCGAAGCUUCUGAUCGCUGAAUUUCGCACCCCUACCCCUCCCUGUUGAUGCUGGUGGGGAACUUGUAGCGUCAAGGGUUGGAUUCGCUCCAUGUUGUAACGAAGUCCACGAAUUGAGACGAUUGAUGAUUACAACCCCCGCGAUCGGCUAGCGACGAUUCAACGAAAUGCCCUUCUCCUCAUCCUCCUCCACCCCCGAGGUGUCGACCACCCCGCUUGCAGACUACUUCUGGAUCGCUGGUGUAGAUGGCACGGAAAUACUAGAAACUUUCCAGAGACUGGGCGAUGAAUACAGAGCAAACAGUGCCACCUCCCCGGGCCCCGCUCUCGCGGACACCAUUGAGGAAGAUGCAGACGCGGAGGAAGCCCAUGACCCUCGUCUGGACGGACUCUCUCGACCUAAUUCGAUGGCAGGUGGCCGCAAUUCCUUCCAGCGGUUUUCAAUGCGAUCGGGAGACUCCAGUGAGUCUGGAAAUGGGACCAACAGCAACCGGAGCAGUCUGACCAUUAAGGGUAACCAAUCGCCCAGAGGCUCGUCAUUCCUAGAAGAUUUCGACUUCGAUCAAGCUUUGUUCAAGUUUGCGUCUGAGCGAGAGUCGUUUCUUUCGGAUUUGAGCCUGAGUGCCGGUGCGAUAACUCCCACAUCGCGCCCAAGAUCUAGGCUCCGUACACAAAAGAUCGUCUCCGAGGAGACCCCUUCCCAACCAUCCAGUUUGCUUCGAUCAGGCAUUGGUAGUGUACGGCGUCACAUGGCAUUCAGAGAUAUGAAUAGUAUGAAACGGCAGCCGUCAAUUGCUCGUCAAGCUUCCAUCCGGACCUCGCGGCGCCUUAGCAACUAUAAUUCAGUUAUUCCGGUACCACAACCUCUGGAGACCUCUCCUACCAUGCACCCGCUCAAGCGCCGUUUCGAGCCCGUCCUCCUUGACCGGUACCCAACCAAAGGGAUGUCCGACGAGCUCAAGCAGCGAGGCAAUUUUCCGGACUAUGUGCCCAUGUUUGCCUUUCCAAAUGAUAUCAAUAUUGUUUCUUCAGACCAGAGACCGCGCUCUACCUGGCACGGAUUUGUCAUGACAACUGACAAUGGUUCGCGACUACACGCCAUUUGUGUCAUCAUCUGGAUUCCACUAAACCCGCGAGCCGCAGAGGAGUUAGAGAAGCGCUGCGAGGAGUGGCGAAAAGACAACAUGACGGACGAAGAGCGAGAGCUAGCGGCGAGUCUCGGUGAAAGGCUAGCAAGUGAACGCGCCAAAUUGUCUAGACUUUUGGCUCAAUUGCCCACAGUGCCUUCCGGAUCUGAGCAGAGAGAGCAAUUGGAGGACGAAAUCAGUGCGGUUGAAGAAAAGAUUGGCCUAAUGACCGAUCUUUUACGUCCAGUCCGCCACGGCGCGGCCUCGAAAAUUGAAGGGUUGACUGACGGCGAUACGGGAUUCUGGAUCCCCCGCGCGUACGGUAUCCUUGGGCGGGAAGAGAGUAUGACCAGUUUUUGGAAAGAAUGGUUGAAAGCAGUAAUUGUCCCAAUGACCGAUGGGAGUAUUCAGCGGAUUCCCCCAAGCUCUCCACGGAUGGGCAUGUGGCAGCCCCUGGAACGAUACGUGAUGAACCUAUGCACCGAGGCAUUUAGCCCUAAUUCUUCAAAAACCCAAGUAGAGCUUUCGGUCCGGGAAUUGCGCCUAUUCGCGCGAAAAGAGGCUACCAACGAACUGCCGGGCUCCCGAAACACAGAUAUCUAUGCGUUGUUUCGAACUUUGUCAUUGCCGAAUAUUAUCAUACUUUUCGAAUAUGCACUGACUGAGUCGCGUAUAAUAUUCCUGUCGUCCCAUACUUCGAUGCUUUAUCUGGCUACUAGAGCCAUAGUGGAUCUAUUGUUCCCACUCACAUGGGCAGGGGUGCUUAUUCCUGUCUUGCCUGCACGUUUGAUCCAGGCUCUCGAAGCUCCUUGCCCUUAUAUUGUGGGCAUUGAGCGGAGAUAUGAGAAGGUUGAGUUGCCGUCCGAUGACUUUGUCUUGGUGGAUCUCGACUCAGACCUCAUCGAGAGCACAGUCCGGCCAACCCCUCUACCGCGCCACCAGCGGAGGAAGCUACAUUCGUUACUUCAACUAGCGGCACCCCAUCACAGUCGAUGCGGAGUUCCAACCGGUCCACCAGCAUAUGCAGUUGAGGCAUUCCCGUUCGAUGCAUUCAUGUCAGAGAAUUCCUCCAUUUUCCAUUCCAAAGCACAGUCGACCCAGUUAGCCAAAUAUGUCAGUCUUAAUUCGAGUGCAUUUGGUCAGGCCUCAAUGUCGGGAACGUAUCCACCUCUAGUAUUCAACGCUUAUUUGCAUGCUCGGUAUGAGCAGGUUCCUUCCAGGGGAUACUCGUCUAAGAGUUCUGACCGGCCGGGCACUGGAUCAUCCAAGACUGGAUCGCCUCCCUCACCUAGGGACACUUCACCCACUUCAGGUCAUUUCCCAGUUUCAUCGCGAACUGAUUCGGGUAUGGCUCUUCAGGCAUCUUUACGCGAGAAGCGCUCUGGUCAUUUCGACGCUGCGUCCCGAAGAAGUUCAUCGUUCGGUAUGGAGUUAAGAGGAGGCGUCCCGAGACGACCAAGUGCCCCUUUCUUGGGACAUACUUCGAAUUUAUCUGUGACGACCUUGAACACGGAUUAUAACUCUGGAUCGACUUAUGCACCCUCUGUCUAUGCCCAGUCGACGGUUGCUGCGUCCACAAUUGUCCCUCAGCCUUCGUCGCAACCAAUUCACAACUCUGAGGGAACCUGCUGGGUGGAGGGGCAUUGCUUGCAGGUGUUGCCAUGUGACGACAAAUCCGUCUGUGCAAUUUGUGACGAAAGGGCGGAUGAGGCCAUGUACAAGUGCAAUGCUUGCAAGACCCUUGUACACAAUCGCUGCGCCCUACAGAUCUGUCUAGUGUGCCCUGCUGCGUUCCAUCCAGAACAGAUUCGUGCCGCAUUUGUUAGAUGUUUUGCCAGCUUGCUCUAUACCUACAAGAAGUUCCUACAGCCUGCUUCCGGUGAUAAGAAGAAAGCGGGGCUAACCUAUAGUUUCAACAUGGAGGCGUUCCUCAAGAGCUUGCCGGGCGAGCAUGCUGAAUAUGUCGCUGUCUUGCAGCAAACACAGGGCUUUAAUGAAUUUAUCAGUGAAAGAGAGAGAAUUAAUCCGAAGUCCAAGGACCCAAGAAUGGCACUUUUUGAUGAGAUUGUUUUAUCUAAGCGCAAUCGUGGACGAACAUCUUUCUUCUCCAGCCGCAUGCAGACGGAUUUCCUUUCAGAUACAUCAAAUCACCUCUGGGUAACUGCCAGCGCUAGUUCAUUCAGUCCAGGCAGCAGGGGCCAACCAGGUCUAUCUGGGGAUUAUACCCGUGUGGUCACCAGAGCACCGGCAAAGCUUGAUAACAGUCUGAUGAAAGAGCCUCGCAUGAUCCACGGAGCUCCUCGGGUAUCAAAGACGGCAAACAACGCUCGUAGAAAGCCGUUGCCCAAGCUCAUGAACGGGCUGGCCAUUUCACCCCCAUAAAGAUGAAACAUGACCUGGUGGAGUGCAUAUCUCUCAUUGCUAUUGGAUAGGGCGCAUCCCGUGUUGCACGCAUGCCACGUACCCGCGGGUCGCGUUUCUAGCGCAUUGCAGAUACGGGCGUCAUGCGGAUAUGUGCU